AUGAGACUUCGCAUCUCUUUCAUCUGCGUAUGCGUCCACCUUGGAGCUCUACUCACAAAUGCGUGCGAUGACGGCUGGGUGACGUUUGGUUCCUCCUGCUAUCUUUUUGACGAUGAUAUCAAAAUGCACUUUGUAGAGGGAGCGCAUUUUUGUGCGUCCACCCAUGGGGGGGGGGCAUACCUCACAACAAUCGAGUCAGCAGAAGAGCUUCUUUUCCUUCAAGACAUGAGCAAACGUUUGUUUAAACACGAUCGCAACAAUUUCUUCUUCCUCGGUGCCACGGACGAUGAGGUAGAGGGUGUCUGGCGCUGGUACACGGACCACAGACUGGUGUCCAGUGGCUACCAAAACUGGGCGCCAGGCCAGCCGCAGACAGGAACCAGUCAAAACUGCGCUGUCCUAUGGGGGCCCAGUGGAUAUCUGUGGGAGGACCAUUAUUGUGAAGAAAAUGCAUACAUCAUCUGUGAAAAGCCAGACAUACCGAAUGAAUGCAACUGCCAUGGCCAGCCUGAAAUUGUGGGAUAACAUCUCAAUAUAUUGAACCGAAAUAUACAGACUGAGCAAUAUUCC